CAAUAUCGCAGAUAAUCAAUGGGAUGAAACAGAAAGUACGCAGAUUAUGAAUACACUCCAGGAAUAUAUAUUUAGCAUCUUGAACUUUCGAGCAUGUAUCUCCUCAUUUGCACCCGAAGAUAUCAAAUGGAUUUGUAUAGAUUAUGUUUUACAAACCAAAUAUGGUCAAGAUAUCAUUGUAUAUGCAAUAUUUCAUAGCGUGGCUAGAAGGCUUGGUCUACGUUGCGAUGUACUACAGGUUUUUAAUCGAUUCUGUGUAUUUUGGAAACAAAAAUGCGUCACGAAUAAUUUCGAAAAUGCACGAUGUUUUUAUAUAAAAGACGAGAAUUUUCCGAAUUGUCUUCAUGAUUAUCUAUCAGAUUACAAGUCUUGUACACAUCAUGACAUCAUCAAAAUAAGAACUGAACAGAUGUUGGACAUGAUAAAAGAUUUUGUUGAAUUGUUUAUAUCGGGACAAAAUAAGCAAUUUGGGAUUAGUUCCAAAGUGAAUUGUAAUGUGUAAAAAACAUACGCGCCCUAACAUAAUCGCUAGUUAGUGUAUAACAUAUACCAUUGUAAAAAUAAAGGGCAUUGUGAGAUAUUUUCAGAUAACAAUUAUGUAUAAUUUACAAUUUUCUAUAUUAACUUGAAUUAAGUGUUUAUUGAGACAUUUAUUCACAAAAAAUCAAAGUAAAAAUUUUACAGUUUCUGUCU